AUGAAAAAUGACAACAUAAUUCACAAGAAUAACACAUGGGUCUUAAAUAAUAACAAGCAAAACAAUGGUGUCACUAAAAAAAAAAGCCGUAUCGAAUAUUUAACAUUAUUAGGGAAAGAAUCAUAUUUUAAUAACGAAAAUAACUCUCAAAAAGACAAAGGAAAGGAAGCAAUUGACAUGUAUAUUUACACAAGUCAUGGCGUAGAAAAGGUUUCUAUAAAUACAGUCUCAAAUGAUAAAAAAAAUGAAACAAACAAAAGCAAUAGAUAUCAAUAUUUAAAAGAAAAAAUAAAUAGUGUUGUAAAGUACCAAGAAAAAUUAAAAAAUGAGCAAAUUGAAGAACAAUAUAAUUUAGUAAAUCACGAAGAAAAUGAUGUUAAUAAUAUUUUCGUUUUUGAUAGAAAUAAAAACGAAAUUAAUAUAAUAAGUGCCAAUGAAACCUCAAAAAUGAAUAAUCAAAAUGAGAUUGAUGAUGCUACUCCAAUUAUUUUAGCUAAUUGUAAAAAUAUAUCUGAGAUUAAUUCUUCUCAAAAAGUCUCCUUCCUAAGUUGCGACAACAAGAAUGAGGAAAAUGGACACAGUAACAAAAGUAAAAUGAAUAUAUUUUAUGAUAUACCCUCUGAGAAAAAUAAUAAUAUUGAUAAAAUAAUAGAAGAAGUUUUUCAAUCAGGAGAAAUAAUUUCCAAAACAUAUACAAAGCAUAAGAACGAAUUUAAAACAAAUAAUAUUUAUGUGAAUAGGCAGCCAUAUAUCGAAAGCAUUGAUAAAGAUGAAUGCUCACAAGAAAACAAUGGAAUGCAUAAAAAAUAUAAAAAUCAGCAAAAUUCAAAUCUAUUAAUCGACUUAAUUCAAAAGCAAUAUGCGGAUGCGCAAGUUAAUAAGGAACCUAUUGAAUUGGUAUCUAUAAAUAAUAAAGAAAAUAAUAAAAUGAAAAUGGGUAACGAUAAUGAAAGUUUCGAAGAUGGUCCAAGCGAUAAUUGUAAUAAUAGGGGUACAUAUUACGGAACCACUUCAAAAAGUAAACAAAGCCAUAAUUAUGAAAAUAAUUUUAAUGUACAUAAAGAAAUGAAUUCUAUUAACAAUAAAAUAGAAAAUUUGAAUAAAAUAAUUGAAGAAAUAAAUAAUAAAAAACAUAUGAAAAUAAAUAUAUUAAACAAUAAAAUAAGUUUUUUGAACAUUCAAAUGUGUGAAAAUCAAACUAAUAAUAUAAAUAACGAAAUAAAUAUUUUAAAUAGUAAAAUUUAUAGCUUAUAUAAUGAAAAAAUUAAUAAAAUAUAUGAACAAAUAGCACAAAAUAUUCGCAACCUAAAUAAACAAAUAACCAAGGUUACAACAAAUGGUGAAUAUAAUGAACUGAUUAAAAGUUUUAAUAGUAAGAUACGUAAUCAAACAAAUAACAUAAAAAUGAAAAUUAGACAUUUAGAAGAUCAAGUAGAUAAUUAUUUGCUUAUGCAGAAAAGCGAUAAUUUAUUUAAUAAAAUAAAUGAUUACAUAAACAAUCUAAAUAACCAAAUAGGAACCUUUAUCUUAAAAAAUCCAUUUUUACAUCAUAAUGAAAAUAUAAAUAAAAAUUAUAAUGAUAAUAAUAAUGGAACGAAAGAAAUAAUAAAUGUUGAAUUGCAUAAUUAUAGAGACAUACAAAGCACCGAUAUUUCGAGUAAAAAAAAUAUCUUUAUACACAAAUGUAAUGAUAUAAAAUAUGACCAUAAAAAAAAACGUAAGGUAAAUGAAAAUAAUCAGAUAUAUGAUGAUGACAAUAAUGGUAAACAAAGUUUAUCAAUACAAAAAUGCAUUAACGAAUAUAAGCACAUUGAAAAUAAUAAUAGUACAUAUAAAAAACAUACUAUACAAAAUGCACGCUCUGUAUAUUCGGAUAAAAAUAAGAACAAUGAUUAUAAUAAAUUAUAUAACGAUGAAAAAUUUUUGUAUUUAAAAAAUAAAUUGAUUGAAUUAAAAACAUCAAAAAUGAAACAAAAGUUACUGAAUAUUAAAAAUAGUGUAAAUAAACAAGAAAAUAUGAAUAUUGUAGAAAAGGAAGACGCUUUAGAUUAUAUAAGCAAUGCAAAUAAAAACGAAUGUGUAGUACAAAUAAGAAAUAACAAACAAUUUAGUUACAUUAACACAGAUAAUAAUUUAAAACACUUUGAUUCUCAAAAUGACGGCAAUAAUAAUAGAAUUAGUAACCAUAAAAGUAGUAAUACUAGCGAUAGUAACAAGAUUGAAGAGGGUGGCAUAAAUUGUGGAGUUCAAUGCUCUCAAAAUAUAUCAACUCAAGUUCCAUAUGAAAAAUGUCAUAAUUAUCAAGAAUAUAGUAAACAACAUAAAGAUAUACAAAAUCAUAAUAUAUAUAACUAUGUGUCUAAUAACGAAAAAAAACCUCAUGAUAUUAUGUCUAUGUUUAAAAAAAUCCUACAUAAAAGUGGUAAACAUAAAACCCAUGAAAUUUGCACCAACGAAAAACCUGUUGAAGAAAAUGAAAUUAAGAUGGACGCAUCUGACGGAACCCCCGAACUAAAUAAUUUACAACAAAAUUAUAAUUUUCGCGCAAAUGAAAAUCCAGAUGUAAAUAUUAUUCCACCUCAACUUAAUACUAGUAACAAUUUCGAAAAAAAUAUUCAAAAUGGAUAUAUCGAAAAAAAUUGCGAUAGUACCAGCAAUUGGAGUCUUGGGUAUAUUAUUCCAACUGUUUCCACCCCAAGCAAUAAUAACAAUGGAAAUAGUGAAAAUUUCAAUUUAAGUAGUGGCUAUCCAAAACAAACAAUGGUAGCAAAUACCUUUACUCUGGAUCAAAUUUACAAAUAUACUGGUAAUUAUCAUAAUGACACCAAUACACAAUAUAAACGAAACGAUGAUCAAAUCGUUUUAGAUGAAACUAAUAAGGAGAAUCAUGGAAAUCGCGGUUUGAAUUCAAACAAAGAAACCAUUAAAAAUAAUUUGAAACAUAAAUAUAAUAUUAUAAAGUCUGAAAAGACAGCACAUAAUAAAUAUAUUUAUUAUAACUAUAAUAAUAAUGCAUAUCGUUGA